AAGAAAAAAAGAAAAAUCAGAAUCCACAAAACUCAGCGAAACGUUUCUUUUGAAUUUGGCAAAAGCUGAAACGUUUCUUUUUCAUUCUGUAUUUUUUUUUUUUUUAAAUGAAUUUUUUGACUUUUUUUAUUUUUUGGAGAUUUUGUUUUUACUGCUGUGUGUGAUUUUUUUCUUCCUCUUUUUUUGACAGUAUAUUACUGUCUGUGAUUGUUGCUCUUCUUCUGUGGCGGGAAGUUCAGAAACAGAGCAGAGCUCAGACAAAAGGGAAAAACAUUCUCCACAAAACCAAAACCCUAGAAACCAAAAAAGAAGGGGUGAAAAUCAGAUUCUCUAAACUUUGGGUAAAGUAAAUUCUAAUCCAUUCUGUUCUAAGGAAGUGAAGUGAAGUGAAGUGUAACUACCACCACCACCACCACCAUGUACUGGGUGGCUACCAGAAGCGCUGUCGUUUCGUUCCCCCGCUGGCGUUCUCUGGCUCAUCUUCUUCACUCCUCUCCUCGUCGAUACAGCUCCUUCAAUCCCUUUCCAGUGUUCUUCGGGCAGUUUGGCAAGAUUUAUUGUUUCAAAGAUCGGAAAGUUUUAAAAGGAAGUGCAAAAGUUACCAAAAAGCUUAAAGCUUUGAAUGUCCUCGAUGAGAAGGGGCUUUCUAACAUUCUGUGGUGGAAGGAGAGGAUGCAAGCAUGCAGGAAGCCUUCAACCAUCCAGUUAUUUAAAAGGCUUGAGUAUUCCAAUUUGCUAGGCUUGGAUGUCAACUUGAAAAAUGGGAGCCUGAAGGAAGGAACACUCAACUGGGAGAUCUUACAAUUCAAGUCAAAAUUUCCACGUGAAGUAUUGCUUUGCAGAGUUGGUGAUUUUUAUGAAGCCAUUGGAAUAGAUGCCUGCAUUCUGGUUGAAUAUGCAGGUUUGAAUCCUUUUGGAGGUCUACGUUCAGAUAGCAUUCCAAGAGCUGGUUGCCCAGUUGUGAAUCUUCAACAAACUUUGGAUGAUCUGACCAGAAACGGGUACUCAGUGUGCAUAGUAGAAGAAGUUCAGGGUCCAACUCAAGCUCGCUCCCGCAAAAGUCGUUUUAUAUCUGGGCAUGCACAUCCUGGUAGUCCUUAUGUCUUUGGACUUGCUGGUGUUGAUCAUGAUCUUGACUUUCCAGAACCAAUGCCUGUGGUUGGAAUUUCAAGAUCGGCAAGAGGGUAUUGCAUAAAUUUAGUUCUCGAGACUAUGAAAACAUAUUCGUCAGAAGAUGGUUUGACUGAAGAGGCCUUAGUUACAAAGCUUCGUACUUGUAGAUAUCAUCAUUUAUUCCUUCAUACAUCUUUGAGGCACAAUUCCUCGGCACUUGUCACUGGGGAGAAUUUGGUGAGGGAGGCCUGCUGUGGGGAGAAUGUGUUUCUAGACAUUAUGAAUGGUUUGAAGGCAAUCCUGUCACUGAGCUUUUGUCUAAGGUUAAAGAACUCUAUGGCCUUGCUGAUGAUUACAUUUAGGAAUGUCACUGUGUCUUCAGAAAAUAGACCCCGGCCUUUAACCCUAGGAACAGCAACCCAGAUUGGUGCCAUACCGACGGAAGGUAUACCUUGUUUGUUGAAGAUGUUGCUUCCUCCAAAUUACACAGGUCUACCUGGAUUGUAUGUUAGAGAUAUUCUUCUCAACCCUCCUGCUUAUGAAAUUGCAUCUACAAUUCAAGCAACGUGCAAACUUAUGAGCAAUGUCACCUGUUCAAUUCCUGAGUUUACUUGUGUUUCAUCUGCAAAGCUUGUGAAGCUACUUGAACUGAGGGAGGCUAAUCAUAUUGAGUUUUGUAGAAUUAAAAAUGUAGUCGAUGAAAUUCUACACAUGAAUAGAAAUUCUGAGCUCGGAGAAAUCCUGGAGUUGUUGAUGGAUCCUACAUGGGUGGCAACUGGGUUAAAAAUUGACUGUGAGACAUUAGUAAGUGAAUGCGAAUGGACUUCAGUCAAAAUUAGUGGAAUGAUCUCUCUAGAUGGUGAAAAUGAUUCAAAAAUCAGUUCUUCUUCUAUUGUUCCUAGUGAGUUUUUUGAGGAUAUGGAGUCUGCAUGGAAAGGUCGUGUCAAGAGGAUACACAUUGAAGAAGAGUUUAGAGAAGCAGAAGUGGCUGCUGAGGCUUUAUCUCUUGCAGUUACUGAAGAUUUCCUGCCUAUAAUUUCAAGAAUAAAGGCCACGACUGCCCCACUUGGAGGCCCAAGGGGAGAAAUAUUAUAUGCUCGGGAGCAUGAAGCUGUUUGGUUUUAAGGGAAAACGGUUUAUGCCUUCGCAUGAAGCUGUUUGGUUUUAAGGGAAAACUGUUUAUGCCUUCUGUAUGGGCGGGUACACCUGGGGAAGAACAGAUUGGACAUCUUAAACCAGCUAUAGACUCAAAAGGUAGAAAGGUAGGAGAAGAGUGGUUUACUACAGCAAAGGUAGAGGACGCUUUAACAAGGUACCAUGAGGCGGGGGCCAAGGCAAAAGUCAAGGUCUUGGAAUUGUUAAGGGGACUUUCUUCUGAAUUACAUGCAAAAGUCAACAUCCUAGUUUUUGCUUCCAUGCUUCUAAUUAUUGCCAAGGCUUUAUUUGCCCAUGUGAGGUUGGAAACAAACAACUUCAUUUAUCUUUUGAUAAAGAUGGUUUUCUUAGAUGUCCUUAUGAAUGCACACUUUAUACAUGUUGGAUUUUUAAAACAAAAAACAUAGCAAAAACGAAAGGAAAAAAAGCUUAAACUGGUGUGUUUUUUC